AUGAUCGUCCUGUUAGGUCUCAUGGUUAUUGCGAUAUGUAGUUGCAAGGGGACGAAUUACACAGAUGAAUUCGCCAGGAAGUAUAUGUUUGUUCUGAGCGCUGCUGCAUACUCAGAUAGUCCAAGUCAAUGUGUAGAAAAAAUCAAAAAUUCUACAUUUUACAAGCAAUAUUAUGCUAAUUGCACCGGUGGAAAUUGUUCCGCAUUCACAGCUGUUGUAAAUGACAAAAGAGCAAUCGUUCUAAGUUUUCGUGGAACUACUGAAAUUCGACAACUGUUCGGUGAGGUUAGAGAGAGCACAUUCAAGCACUGGAGUAAUUGGACCUAUGGAGGGAAAGUAUCGAAGUACUUCUACGAAGCUUUUCUGAACCUCUGGAAUGGGGGCAUGAAAGAAGACUUUGAAAAUCUAACAAAGAUACAUAACGGUUAUGAGGUUUGGGUCACUGGUCACUCACUUGGUGGUGCUCUAGCCACAUUAGCUGCAUCCAUGGUGGCCGGAAAUUAUAACGGAACUACUGUGAAGCUGCUCACAUUCGGUCAGCCGAGGGUUGGCGACGAAAAUUUUGCAAAGAAACACGAUGAAAUGGUAAAAUUCUCUUACCGAGUUAUAUACUGGAGCGACAUUGUCCCAACUGUCCCAUGCUACUAUGCUCAACGUUAUCGUCAUCAAGGAACAGAGGUAUUUUACGCAGAAAUGAAUUCAACUGACAAGCACACCGUUUGUGACAGAGGAGAGAAUUUUCGGAAGUGCAGUGGAUUCAUGUAUUAUCGUACCAUUCGACAUCAUGUAACUUACUUCGGAAAAUACAUCUUCUCCGUCCUCGCAGCUAUGACACGUCCAGAAGAUGCAUGGAUGUAUCGUACCUUAUGGUUUGUAGUCAACGAUGUUCUCUGUGCCAGUAAUGCUCCAGUUUUACUAGCUUUAAACAAACCUAUACGAAGUGUAUAUAUGCGAAAAAUUGGGAUGGAAUCUAAGGAAAUACACACAAAAGGCUCUUUGCUUAACAAUAUUUGA